AUGUUAGAGGUGAUGAAGCACAUGUCCGAGCGUCUUUCUGCUCAACCAGAAGCCAAAGUUAAAAUUUCUGAUGUAUACCUGCCAUCAUACGACCCGGAUAUGAAUGUUGGAAUCAGAGAAUGGUGUCAACAUAUUACAACUGCAAUGGUAACCUAUAACUUUACUGAUUAUGAAAUUAGAAUGAAGGUCGGAAGUCUACUCAAAGGACGGGCAAGGUUAUGGGUUGACAAUUGGUUAAUAUCAACAACAACGUGGUUGGAAUUACGGGAGGUUUUGAUUACGACUUUUGAACCAGAGAAUCGAUACUCUAGGGAUAUCGUUCGUUUUAAAGAGCAUAACUAUGAUAAUACUAAGGAUAUUACACAAUUUUUGUCACAAGCGUGGGUACUAUGGCGACGUAUAACUAAAGACAAAUUGUCUGAUAAUGAUGCAGUUGAGGCAGUGAUUGGUUGUAUAGCGGAUGAACGACUCAGAAUUGAAUUAUUAAAUGUUAGAGCGACAUCAGUACCCGAAUUGAUUUCUGUGGCAUCAUCGAUACGAAGCACGAAACGGUCUUACCCUAAUACAUCGAUUACAUCACAAGGAACCAUAAAACGAACACGCUAUGAUAAAUUUUGCCAAGUAUGUAAAAGGAACGGUCAUGACGCAAGGGAUUGUUAUUACCGUAAACCAAAUAACUAUCCACAAUCGCAUACAUUGACUGAAAGAAAUGUAUCAAAAGGAUCUGAUACAUCCCCAACAUGCUCUUACUGCCAGAAAAUUGGUCACACAUUUGAGACAUGUUUCAAGAGAACAGAGGCAGUUGUUUCCAAUAUAAAUUGUGUGGGGUCAACGAAAGUCAAUUUAAUGCCAGUGCUCAUAGAAAAUUUCAAAUUGUUAGCAAUGUUCGAUACCGGAGCGGAAUGUUCAGUAAUACGUGAAUCACUAGCAUCAAAACUUCCUGGAAGAAGAACAGAUUUAGUACGAUAUUUAAAGGGUUUGGGACAAUUUACAGUAGUGUCUCUAUCAACAUUAACAACAGUAUGCGUCAUAAGUGAUCUUCGGGUAGAAAUUCAGUUUCAUAUUGUGCCCGACUAUGAAAUAUGUUCGGAUGUUUUAAUUGGAGUGAAUUUGAUUGAAAACACGAAUUUAAGUGUGAUAGUAAACUCACAUGGUGUUACUUUACUUCGCCAACCUGCUAUAUGUCAUGUGAUGUCUAGGAGUGAUAAAUUUAAUAAUUUAAAUUGUGACUUAACUGAUCAAGAUCAAAUAAAUAGAUUAACAAUUUUGCUCAACAAAUAUGAAAAUCUAUUUAUCUACGGUUAUCCUCGCUCACGUGUCAACACCGGAGUACUACAAAUACGCUUAAAAGAUAACGAGAGCAAAGAUAUGGAAUGGUUACAAAUAGAACAAAGACGCGAUGAUUUACUUCGUCCUUUAAUAGACAGCAUGAGCAGUGACCACCCAGCCGCAAACUAUACACUAAGAGAAGAGGAAUAUGUGCAACAGAAAAUGUUGGCUGCAGCAGAAUAUGAUAAACAGAGAUUUGAAAAAAGUAAGGGUAAGGUACAUUCCUUUAAAAGGGGUGACUAUGUAUUAAUCAAAAAUAAUCCUCGUAAUCAAACUUCUUUGGAUCUGAAAUAUACUGAACCAUAUGAAAUAUACAAAGUCUUGGAACAUGAUCGUUACAUGGUGAAACGUGUAACCGGCAGAGGUCGACCGCGAAAGGUAGCUCAUGAUCAAUUACGUCCAGCACCAAAUCCAGGAGCUGCAGGAACCGUGUCGGCGGACUACAUCGAUGAUCCUCCACAUCAUGACAGCCCUUUAAAUGGAGAAGCUUCUGAGGAUUUAUAA